UGGCGGGGGGGCGGGGGGAUGUGGGGCAGCCCGGCCCGAAGGGGUUAACCCCGCGGCGUCACAUGGCCGGGCGGGGACCCGCCCCUCGCGGGGGUGUCGGGACGAUCCCACCCGUGAUCCGUCAGCGCCCGCGAGCGGCCGCAGCAUCUCUGAGCCCGGCGGACCCCCGCUCCACCAUGGCGGCCCUGCUGAAGAGCCUGGUGGGGGCAUCGGAGAAGUCGGCCCGCAUUGCCCAGCUGUGCCGCCAGGAGGAGGCGCUCUUCCAGCUGCUCAUCGAAGAGAAGACGGGGACCGACAAGAACAAGAAGUUUGUGCAGGAUUUCAAGACGCUGGCGGACGUGCUCAUCCAGGAGGUCAUAAAGCACGACGUGGGCAAGGAGUUCCCGGAGCUGCAUGGGCACAUCUGCGGGGAGGAGUCGAACCAGUUUGAGAACAGCCUGGGAGAGACCCUGGAGGUGCAGGUGUGUGCGACCCAGCAGGACACGGCCUCGCUGCUCUUUACAAUCCUGGACCGGAACCGGCCGGCGGCCGAGCUGCUGGCAGCGGCCAUCCACCAGGAGGUGGUGCUGCAGGACCCGGCGCUGGACGCUGUGGCGCUGGCAAUCCCCCCGGAGAGACUGGCCAUCUGGAUUGACCCCAUUGACUCCACCAAUCAGUACAUCCGCGGCCAGGCCUGUGUGGCGCCCAUCGGUGGCAUCUGUCCGUCCGGGCUGCGCUCAGCGCUGGUGCUCAUCGGGGCAUACGACCGCAGCUCGGGAGACCCGGUCCUGGGGGUCAUCAACGAGCCGUUCUUCCGAGAGGACCCCCUAACCCACAGGUGGCAGGGUGUCUAUCACUGGGGCAUCUCAUACCAGGGCACCAGCCUGUCCUCGCUGCGCCGGCCCCCGCUGUGCCCCAAGCCCUCUGUCGUCCUGAGCAGCAGUGAGACGCCAGCGAUCCAGCGGGCGCUGAGGCCACUGUACGGGGAGCGGCUGCGCUUCGUCUCAGGCGCCGGCUACAAGAUGCUGUGUGUGAUCCUGGGACUGGCCGAGGCCUACAUCCUCUCGGAGGGCAGCACCUUCAAGUGGGACUCGUGUGCCCCCCAUGCCAUUCUGCGGGCCCUGGGCGGAGGGAUGGUGGACCUGGAGGCUGCCCUGCAGGCCUGGCGCGCUGGCCAGCGGGGGGCGCUGCCAGAGCUGACCUACCACCAGCCUGCGGGGGACGCCGUGGGGGCCGAGCGCUGGGCCAACCGGGGGGGCCUGGUGGCCUUCAUGCACCGUGAACACCUGGAGUUGGUGAUGGCCACGCUGGCCACUGCUGCCCUGUGACCCGCAAGGGACUGCCUGGGGGGUGGGGGGAG